AUGAAGUGCGACAAGUUGAGCGAGCACUGCCAGGCCAUCAGGUGUGAGGUCCUAGCAGCAGUUGAAGCAGCUCUGAAGAACACACAUCACGAAGACACUCACGCGACAAUAGCUUUCCUCUGCCCCCAACAGGACGAGUCAUGCAGCACAGAACUGCACGUGGCCCGCUUCUCAAGUGAUGGGGACCAGUGGAUAUGCUCUGAAAACAGUGGAGUAUUUGACACCCUCGCCCCUGACCAGACCCUUUGGCUCGGUGCCUCAGGUUCCACUGUAUCAGGAGAGUCAGCCCCUGCAAUGAGUGUCCUUGCCAACCGGGUGGCAGCAGUCGUUCCCGACAAGUGGAAGAAAGUGGCCGUCCAGUUGGAGCUGAAUCGAGGAGAGAUAAAAGCCAUUCAGAAAGAUGAAGAUGACAGUUUCGACCGAUUCAUGGCUGUUAUGGACCAUUGGAAGCAGUCUCUCAGUAAACCAUUCACAUGGCCUACACUCGUCUCUGCCCUUCAGUCCCCUUCUGUGAAUGAAACUAGACUAGCAGAUGAACUAAAACACGAAUUCUGUUGAGUUUUCACAUUAUACCCCCCCCCCCCCACCCAGCUCUUUUAAUUAUG